AUGCCGCGAGACAGUUUUCAUUGUUGCGUUAUCAAUGAAGGUGCAGAACGAUGGUUCGUAUAUUUCGAUAAACCUCGUUCAAUGUUGGUCGUAACUGAUAGCAUGGCAUCGACUUACGAAAAGACGAUGACAAUUAAAGACCGAAUCGAAUUUGCUGGGAAUGUUUCCGAAUCACUUCUCGAACAAUCUUGGCAAAAAUUACGAGAUUGGGAUGUUCUUGAUAUUUAA